AGGUUUUUGGAACAAUCUGCAUUCUUUUUACUCUUUCUCCUCAACUAGCACCUGUGCUUGGUCUAUUGAUGCUUGCUGUUUCAGUUUUAGUUGCUGUAUACAAGAGGUCGACUGCUCCGGUUUAUAAAGCACAUGGAUUAGCCCAAGCAACCAUGUCUGAUUGUGUAUCAGAAACGUUUUCUGCAAUCCGAACUGUAAGAUCAUUCAGUGGUGAAAAACGUCAGAUGUCUCUCCUCGGUAGCCAGAUUCUUGCUUUCCAGCGUAGCGGCUUAAAGCUUGGUACUUUUAAAUCGAUAAAUGAAUCUAUAACAAGAGUUGCUGUUUAUAUAUCACUGUUGGCUCUUUACUGUCUUGGGGGAAGUAAGGUGAAGACGGGUGAACUCGCUGUUGGAACAGUUGUUUCUUUCAUUGGAUACACAUUUACUCUGACAUUUGCUGUCCAAGGGCUUGUAAACACGUUUGGAGAUCUACGUGGGACUUUUGCUGCUGUUGACAGGAUCAAUUCCAUUUUAAACGCGGUUGAUAUUGAUGAGGCUCUUGCCUACGGGUUAGAAAGAGAUAUACAUACAAAGAAAGUCCAAGAUGAAAACCUUAGAUUGUUUUUGUCUUCUGGCCCAAAUGUGAAUGUCCGUCACCUCGAUAAUUACUACAUGUCAGACCUGAAAUCAACUAACAAUCUACGUACCCUAACAUGGGCAGGAGAUGUCUGUCUUGAAGAUGUACAUUUUGCUUAUCCUCUACGACCCGACGUGAAAGUUCUUGAUGGGCUCAGUUUGACGUUGAAUUCUGGUACCGUAACUGCUCUUGUUGGCUCUAGUGGUGCGGGAAAAAGUACUGUUGUACAGUUAUUGGCACGCUUUUAUGAGCCAACACAAGGACGCAUUACUGUGGGUGGAGAGGAUGUGAGGAUGUUUGACAAGAGUGAAUGGGCUAGGGUUGUUUCAAUUGUGAAUCAGGAACCUGUUCUCUUUUCUCUCUCCGUGGCCGAAAAUAUUGCAUAUGGUCUCCCCAAUGCUCAUGUGUCCAAGGACGACAUCAUUAAGGCAGUCAAAGCUGCCAACGCUCAUGACUUCAUAAUCUCACUUCCUCAGGGCUACGAUACACUGGUUGGUGAAAGAGGAGGCUUGCUUAGUGGAGGACAAAGACAGAGAGUUGCCAUAGCUAGAUCUCUGCUGAAGAAUGCCCCCAUCUUGAUUCUCGAUGAGGCCACAAGUGCGCUUGAUGCAGUGAGCGAACGCUUAGUCCAAAGUGCGUUGAACCGCCUGAUGAAAGACAGGACAACACUAGUGAUCGCUCACAGAUUGAGCACAGUCCAGAGCGCGCAUCAGAUUGCAGUAUGCUCUGAUGGAAAGAUCAUAGAGCUAGGAACACAUUCUGAAUUGGUGGCGCAAAAUGGAUCAUAUGCUUCACUUGUUGGCACUCAGAGGCUAGCCUUUGAGUAAUUUUGAUUACUCCUAGAGUUUCCUUAUACAAGAGUGUAGAUUAUUACAACAUAAAUGUAACUUGUAACAAAUGACUCUACAACAAAUAAAUACUGGUUCCUGUGUUA